GAAAAUUCCAAGGAGACAUUGCUGGGAUCGAUGCCGCUCUUCUACGGGAACCGGACGGAAUGGUCUUCUACAACGCCCUGAAAAAUAAGCAACUAGCAUGGAAAGAUGGAAUCAUACCGUAUGAAAUGGAUCCAGCGUUCUAUCGAGACGACCAUAUUCAUAUCCGUUGGGAUAACAUACUGCCGGGAAUGAAAUCACAAUUCGAUAAGAUUUCUGCCGCACUGCAGGACACCCAAGGCGAAAAAUACGAUUAUCGAUCGAUUAUGCAUUACGAUUCGACGGCAUUCUCACGGAAUGGGAAGAACACCAUUGAAACUGUGGUGGACGGAUUUACGGACGUCAUAGGCAGUUCUGUAGAUUUAUCUGAGCUUGAUAUCAUUAAGAUCAAUAAACUUUACCAGUGCUCAUCAUCUCGAAAUGAACAAUCCAAAACAAGCACAACGACACAAUCGUCUCAUAAAGGGAGUGAGUUACUGGGGGAUAUUGCCGCCGGACCGCAUUAUGUAAAUAUUGAUUUAUCGAAUCUCAUCAACAUCGAAUUCGAGAAAUCCUUGGAGCUUUUCUUCAAUU